AAUGGCUGCGCCCAUAGCAUUCGAAUCGUCGUGGAAGAAAAAGGCAGAGAGGGAAAAUAUAAGACAAGCGAGAGAAAAAAUACUAGAAAAGGCAAAAAACCAAUAUGAGAGAGAACAGCUAAAAAAGGAACAGGCCAAGCUUCGUGGUGAGGACACCUGGAUGCUUCCAGCAUUGAGUGAUAGAAUAGAUCAGGAACAGAAGGAUUUAGAGAAAGCAAAGUCAAAGAAGACAAAGAAAGAAAAAAAGAAGAAACACAAAAAAGAAAAGAAAAAGAAGAAAAAGAAAAAAGAAGCCAGUGAUUCAGACAGUGAUUCAGAUUCUGAUGAUGAACCAAAAUGGAUUGAAAAAACUGCAGCAAGCUCACAGCUGUCUCUAGCUGUAGACAGCAGCACAGUAAAAGGUCCAAGUUUACAGAGAGAUAAUUGGAUGAGUGAAGAUUUUUCUUUUAUCCCCACCACAUCCAGAGAACAGCUGCGAGAGCAGAUAAAGAAGGAGAAAGAAGAGCAGAUACCUGUUAGUUACCUGGACCAGCCUGGACAACACAGCCGGGAGUUGAACCCGUACUGGAAAGAUGGCGGCACAGGACUGCCAGAGGAGGCACCAGAGAAGACAAAGAAGAAGACAGAAUCUGCCGUAACUCCUGUGCUUGGUGCUGGGGGCGUAGCUUGGCUUAAGAAGGCGUACCAGAGAUGUGUAGAGCAGGCAGAGGAGGAGGGAAGACCACUGGAAGAACUGGUGGCAGAGAGAUAUGGGUCAUUGAAAAAGCUUCAACGUAUGAUAGCUGAAGCAGAGAAAGAAUUAGAAAAAAGUAAAAGAGAUGAAGAAAAUAAUGCAAGAGACAGAGAAACAGACAGGGAGAGAGAUACCUACAGAGACAGAGAUAGAGACAGAUAUAGAGAUGGAAACAGGGAUAGGGAUAGAGACAGAGAAAGGGAUAGGGAUAGAGACAGAGGUGGAUAUAGAGACAGAGAAAGGGAUAGGGAGAGAAUUAGGGAUAGGGACAGAUAUAAGGAGAGGAGAAAAAGUAGAUCCAGAUCUCCUUACAGUAGAGAUUCAAGAGAAGCAGGUUCCAGUAGACUGAAAGGACGGUUUAUGAAACCUGGAGACUUGAACUCAAGAUCAAAUGAAAGUGAAAGAAGUUUAGAUCGCGACAGAAAAAGGUUUUUAAAACCUGGAGAAUCAUCAUCGGAGUCAAAUGACAGAGGAGGAUAUAGAAAAUCUGGUGAAUCAAAUUGGAGGAAGAGGGAAUUCCAGAAACCAGGAGAAGGACCAUCAGUUGUUAGUGAAAAAGAUGUAAGCAGUAAAGCACCAAGUUGGAAGAAGGAGAAAAAUCAAGAAUCUAAGAGGGAGAAAAAGAGAAGUCCUUCACCUUCAGAAUCAAGUUCCUCUAGUACAUCAUCAAGUUCUGAGUCAGAGUCGGAGGAAGAGGUUCCCAAGGAGAAAUCACGCUCUCCUCCUCCUCCUGCUCCUCGCAUAGAAAUCCUCACAGAACAGCAGAUGAAUGAGUUAGGAGCCAAGUUACUGAAGGCAGAACUCAUGGGAAACCAGGAGUUGGCUGACCAAAUUAAGGAAAAGAUGGAGGCAUCUCGUGCUGCUAAAGAGCUUCAAGCCAGGAGUGGUCCAGUGAAGUCUAGGGGAGAGGAGGAGGGAGAGGAAGAUAAUGUAGUUGUAUUAACUAGAACAGACAGGUCUGGCAUGGUAAGACCUAUUGAUGAGAGACAACAUGAACCUGAAGGCAAAGGAAAGAGGAGGAAGAAACAGAAAAUGGCCACCCAUGAUAAAUCUGGGGAGAGAGAAAGAUAUUUUGCAGAUGAUGACAAGUAUGACCUCAAAACACUGGUGAAAAGGGAAAAACUGGGCACUGCAGAGGAUGACAAGUUGAUGUUUGCACGUCUGGCAGGAAGGUCCAUUGAGCGUACAGAUGACGAGUAUCAAAUUGAUGAUGUUUUUGUUGGAAGAGCAAACAAGGUGGAGUCAGAAGCCAAAGCCGAGGAGAGGGAGAGAAAUAUUUCCAUUCUUGAGAAUCGCCGUCUGGCAGAAACAAUGAGCAGGUGCCAGUUCUGCUUUGACAAAGUACCGAAACAUCUCAUUAUAGCAAUUGGAAUCAAGGUGUACUUGUGUUUGCCUAAUCACCAGUCUCUGACGACAGGUCACUGUCAAAUUGUUCCGAUGUCACACGUCAGCCAGGCCACAGUUCUGGAUGAAGAUGUGUGGAGUGAGAUACAGAUAUUUCGUAAAGGUUUGACCAAAAUGUUUGAGGAUCGUGAUGAAGAUGCCAUGUUUUUGGAGACGUCAAUGAACCUGAGGCGGCACCCACACGUGCACAUUGACUGCAUUCCUCUGCCGAAAGAGACAGGUGAUCUGGCGCCAAUCUACUUCAAGAAAGCCAUCCAAGAAGUAGGACCAGAAUGGGCUCAAAACAAAAAACUUGUGGACCUCAGUCAGAAGGAUAUAAGACAUGCGGUUCCAAAGGGGUUCCCAUAUUUCAGUGUUGAUUUUGGCCUGCAGGGUGGCUUCGCUCACGUUAUUGAAGAUGAACAAACAUUUCCAUCUUACUUUGGCCAGGAAAUCAUUGGGGGCAUGAUGGACUUAGAGCCCAGAAUGUGGCGCAAACCUUUCAAAGAAAACUUUGAGGAUCAGCGCAAGAAAGUUUUGGAGUUCGCAAACUGGUGGAAGCCAUAUGAUUGGACACAAAGAUUGAAGAAAAAUGACGAUGAUGAUGAUGAUGAUUGACAAAAUGAGAAAAGAUUUAUUGCAUUGCCAUUUGAUUUUACUUAAAUGUUAUUUGCAAUUCUAUAAAAUUUUCUAUUUUUGAUGACAUUACUUGUAGUAAAAUUACUCAACUGGUUUGUUGUAGAUCAAAGUCUCCACCUUUUUACACACCAAUAGGUGGAAUGGAUUAUUAAAGGAAUAGAGCAGUUUUGCUUCCUCCUGUAUUUUUUUGAAUAAUACAUAUUUGGUCUGUAACAUCUAAACAGCAGACACUUUCUGACUGCAUUAAGAAUGUUUACAUACCACCGGAUUCAUUGCAUUUCUAAUUGUAAAGUUGUCAUGAAAAGCAAGUUUUGUUAGUUACUUAAAAUGAUCAAAAAGAGAACUUUAAUUUUGUAUUAAAAAUAUGGUCAAAAGACAUCUGGUUUUAUAUACAAACAAAUACAUACAUUCCGUGACCAGAAUAUUGAUGAAAUGUAACAUCAAACAAAAAAAAAAA